AUGGGAGUUGACGAGCCACCCAGCCAGCAAAGAUUCCCCCCAAAGCGGUGUGAGCGAGUGAGUCUGUUGAAGAUCUGGAUGCAGCUGUCGGGUGGGGGUGGUGAAGCAGAAUCGGAGGUUUUUCGAGCAGGCAGCAGGGCCCAGAACGGGGAGCUAAAUAAGCAGACGGCGGGAGAGAGGAUGCUGUACGGAGCGGAGGAGAGGUGGCGCAGAGAUGAAAGAGAGAAAUGCAGCAGAGCAGAGGAAGUUAUUCUCGACAGUUGGUGGGAGUGGAGUGGUGGAGUUGGUUGGGAGAAGAGAAAGAGUGAAGUUGAAGUUGAAGUUGAAGUUGAAGUUGAGGUUGAGGUUGAGGUUGAGAAAUGA